AUGGCCGCUGAAGGAAGAAUUCGCAAACGUAUCCCCAAGUCAUGUAAACGCUGCCACCGACGCAAGCAGCGAUGCGUCGGUUAUCCGACCUGUACCGGCUGCGAAUCCGCCAAACAGCCCUGUCUGCGAUCCGAGUCCGUUCCCUCCUGGCACCAUGCCAUGUCCAAAGGGGCAUUGGUGCGUCGCAUCGAAGUGCUCGAAGCGCAACUAUCCGCUGCACUGGAACAGAUUCCCCCGGAUGAAGAGGCGCCAGCAGAACCGCUGUCAACGGGCGCAAAACUACAACCCCAUGACUCCCGAGCUGGAGUGGUCUCAAUGAUGGCAAUGAGCCAGGAGGGGAGCGACAACCUGGCUUACCUAGGACCCUCGUCAGGAAUGUCCAUCGCAGAAGAUCUGGGCCGUCUGGUGCAAAACACCGUCUGGCUGAGGUCCAUUCCCAUCAAUGGUGGUCACCACCAACCUCCGCCGGAUUGCGAGAGAACCGCAGCCAGCACCGCAUUACCGAGCGAGGCUGUUGAUCAGAUGAGCGAGGCUGCACGGUUCAAACUAUUCAUGGUAUACGCCAUUGGCGCAGCUAUUCUACAGAUGACCGAGACCUACGACUCCACGCCCCCGAGCGCCUUUGUAGCCAUGGCACUACAGCUAAAAUCUGUCCUCGGGGAAUCGCAGUCCUACAUGAACAUCGAAGCACUCAUGUUACUCGUCCUCUAUCACAUGCGAACAUCGUCUGCCACGAGAGUAUGGUAUCUGAUAGGUCUAGCCAUGCGCAUCUGUAUUGAUCUAAGGUUACACCGCGAAUCUCAGUAUCAGAAGAUGCGACCGUAUGAAGGGCAGAUGCGCCGGCGAUUGUUCUGGUCUGUCUACCUGGUUGAGCGAUAUGUGGCCUGGUCUUUGGGACGGCCGUUCAGUGUUCCCGAGGAGGAUAUUGAUGUCCAUGCUCCAGCGGAUCUGGAUGAUUCGUGUACCAGCGACGAGCUGGUUGAGCAGGCUUUGCACGGCUCAGUGGCUCCGCGUGAGCCGGCGCGUGGAAGGAAGCUUCGGAGAUUUAUUGCUUUAGCGCAGUUGCAACGCAUCAUGUCACAGAUUCAUACCCGGGUUUAUCGGACUGAUAAGAACAUCGCAACGCUAGUCCCGGAGACAGCUCCGCUGCUUGCUGCGUUGGAGGAUUUCGAAAUAUCGCUGCCGGCAAUGGCACCGGAAGAAGACGAUUUUGUCCAUAUGCACUGGAACAACGCCAUUCGGAUGCUCAUUCAGCGAUUCGUGGGAGUCUUACCGCGGGGGGAUCCCCUGAUUGAAAAAUGCUUGUACGCGUCAGGGCAGAUGUGUCAGUGUUUCAAGCGGCUGCGACAGCGCGAUUCAUCUGGGUACUCCUUUCUCCUAGUUAACUCGCUGUAUAUGGCUGGGUUGACUAUUUGCCUUUGCCUCUUCCGAGCCCCUCAACUGUGGACAGUAGCCGUGUCGAAUGAUCUGAGAGCCUGUUCUUCUGCGCUGUUCGUUAUGGCGGAGAGAAAUCCUAGUCUGAAGAAGUACCGAGACGGGCUGGAGAUGAUCAUCAACCGCGUGAUGGAAUAUGUCAAUGAUGCGGCAAAGGCCGAUCCUAUGCCAAGUGAUUCCCAUACCGAGGACGUUAUUCCCACACCACAUUCUGAGAGUGUGAGCGCACAGACCGAUGUGACGACUGGGAACUCUCAUUUCUCAGCUAGAUGGCUCGACUUUCAGUAUCCGUUGCCCCCUAUGGGAGGGUUAACCGGACACGAUCCAUAUGGGCAGGGAUCUGCGGCAGGAGACACACCCGACAUCUGGCAUACAUUCAGCGACAUGUUCCCGGAGAUAUGGUCAAACGACCUGUUAAGCAUGGACAUGUCUGAUGGGCUAAACUGGUUUACCCCGGAGUAG